AUGCCGCCGGAAGGGGUCGCUCAGGAGAAGGAGCCGGCCCAGAUGAUGGUUAUGUCCGAGAGAUGGCAAGAUCUCAGAGCGAUGCAGACAGCGGCAUCCAGCAGGCGACAGUCUUUGGUGCAGAAGCUGCAGCUGAGUCGCAGCGUGGAGCAGAGGCGAGAGGCCGAAGAACUAGUGGCAAUGAACCGAUGCGAUUCGAAGGAAUUGCUCCACCGGGGAUUUCACUCCCUAACUUCUCCGGCCUUGCCUUCUGGAGAACCUCCCGCUCCCACUCAGGAGGGCAACGAGGCCGACGAUUGGGGGAAAUGGAAGGCGGUGCCAGGCCCUCCUGCGAGCCCGCCUCCACCGGGGACGCCUGUGGUGCCGCCUGGACCCCCGACGCCGCCCGAGACACCACCGGAGACUCCUCGGGAGAAGAAGAAGAAGGACAAGAAGAAGGAGAAGAAGAAAGGCUCCAAGGAGCGCCGUGCACGAGAAAAGGACCAGGUCGCCGAGGACAAGAAGGACCACAACGAGGGCGAGAGAGACAAGGCCGCCGAAGGAGUGGCUUUGCUGAGGGAGCAAGAGCUCAAGAUGGUUGCCGCCAGCAAGAACUUGGCGGAGAAGGAGCGAGCGUCGGCAGCGGCGAAGGCAGCCGCCAAUGUGGCUGUCGAGAAGUGGACGCCCCAACAGAGGGCACGCAAGGAGGCAGAGCUCCAAGCAGCCCUGCUUGCUCAGGAGCAAGCCGCUGCUACAGUUCGUUUGCUUACGUUGGAGUUACAACUUGGGGAUGCCCUUGGUGCCCCCGAGAGUUCAGCGGCCCCCGAGGGAGCCGUAGAGUCUGGGACUCCUCCGGAGUUACCAGCCAGCAGGCGGAUCAGCCUGUCGUCUUCGAGUGUGGAAGCUAUCACUCCUCCAGGAACGCCUCCGACAACGCCGGUGUCGCCCGGAUCUGUGGUUCCAAAGACACCACAACGAUCACCUUUGGUGAAAGCGAUGCCCAAGGUUCCGGAGAGCCCUGCUUCUCAAGCUGCUGUGAGCCUUGUUGCUCCAGCUGCUGCGGGGCCUGUUGCUCAAGCUGCUGCGAGGCCUGCGGUUCGAGUUGCUUUGAGACCGGCGGUCCGAGCUGUUCAAGUGAAGGCGAUGCCCAAGGUGGGGCAAGUGCCGGAUGUUGGGCACAUGGGACCUCCAGCGCCGCCGAUGGUUGGGCCAAUGGGCCCUGUACCACAAGCACCGCAGGUUGUUGGGAAGAUGCACAUGUUCCCGCCGGCGCCGCCCUUCUUGGGGUACAUGGGACCAGUGCCUCCAGCACCACCGCCAGGAUACCGAGGCAUUUUCAAUCCGUGGUCCACCGGGCCGUUGCGCCAGGUGUUUGGAGCUGUGGGCCAGCAUGUGACGCCCAUCACUCCGAGUGCCGUCAAAAGCACCACGGCCAACAGCAAGGGCAACUCUAGCCCCUACGCCAAAGAAGAGAGAUCGAUCACCUUCGAUCUGUCGGAAUCCCCGUCGGUGUUUCCCUUGGAGAGUCCAACGGCCGAUGAUGAGAAGGUUGUUGUGCUUGGCCUGCCGGUUGAGAUCACUGUUGAUUCUGAAGAAGAGUUGUUGCCAGACCCCGACCCGAAGCCUCAACCUCCCGGCCCUCCUGACCCCGAACCUCGUCCCGAGCCGUCUGGUUCAGGUUUGUCUCCUCCUGAAGACCUUGAGGUUCCAGUAUACAUUACUUCAGAGCGUUUGCGAGCGCACCGGAACAAAGGGCAUCAGCCCUAUCUGAGUUUCUGUGAUGUGUGCCAGUCGGCACGUGGUCGUGUGCCAGCACGACGCAAGAACAUGAAGAGCCACUAUGCGCCGGGAGAGCUUCAAGUAGAUUUUGGCUUCUUCGGUCGAAAUGUUCGGUUUCUGUUGAUCGUUCACGUCCUGUCGGGAUACUUGAGUACUGUUGUUUUGGGUCCUGAGGACCCGGUGCCUGUACCAGCCGUUUGCAAGGCUCUUUCUGAGAUGGGCCUCAACGGGCUGGACAUUGUGGUCCACGGUGACCAAGAAAACCUCCUGGAGAGUGUGUUCCGGGAUUCUGCGAAGCAUAGGACGUUUGUAGGACGGUCCAUGCAUUGGGUUCCGUUUGCAGUGAACAGGCCCCAGGCAAAAGGCAUUGUUGAGCGUAACGUUUGCCUCGUGAAAGAAGCGUUUUGGUCUGUUUGGCUAGGACUGGAAGAGCGUGUAGGAGGGCAGCUGCCGUUAGGGAGCUACUUGUUUAUUGAAGCCAUGCGGUAUGCUGUUAGGAUGCAUAACUUGUUUCAUGUGUCCAAGGAGCAAAGCACGCCUCUGGAACGCCUCAGGGGCUCUACAGUCCAAGCUGUGAAGAGUUGUGAGUUUGGGGUGGUAGGCUUUGGAAAGCCACAAAAGGACUAUCCGGAGCAUCGAGGAAAGCGCCUAGUGAGGGCGAUUUACGUUGGGCCCCAUGGCGCCAACGGCUCUGGGAUACGUGUCUUUGUUCCCUUAGGAGAUGGGAAGCCGCCUCGUUUGGAGAUUUUCAGCUCGUUUCGUGCCCGGGACCCGGUAGAGUUUGACAAAGCAGUGCUAGACCAACUGAAAGGAAACCGGGAGGACCCCGAGCGACCCAUCAAGUUUGAUGUGCCUCUGGAUGACGGUUCUUUGACUUUGGUGCUGGUGUAUGUUGAUGACUUGAUCAUCUUCUCCCAGAACUCAAAGAUUGCAAAGGAGCUGUAUGCUCAGUUGGCCAAGAUUUACAAAAUGAAGCAGACUGGGAUCUUGGAGCCUGGAAAGAAAGGGCAACUUGAGUUUCUAGGAAGAAUUAUCGUCCGUGUGACGGACGCUGGACCUGUGUUGUUCGGCUUGAAACCGGGCUACUUGAAGUCGCUUGGUGAAGAGUUUGGGAUCAGUGGAAAAGGUGUGAAGCCUGUUUUGGGAAACCUUGAGAGGGAGUACCGGAAGAAGGAACCUGGAGGUUCCAUAAGCACCGAGUCGUACGAGAGGUAUAGACGUGUGCUUGGGAAGCUGAUGUGGGCCAGUCUCACGCUUCCUCACCUAGCUUAUCCUGUAGGGUUUCUAGGUCGUUUUCAGAGUGAUCCUGACAGCCAAGCCGAAGCCUGUUUAAGAAGAGUUGUGCGUUGGGUGAUGGCGUUGCCUGAGUACCUUCAGCGCUUCUCUGCGUUUGGCUGGGUCGACCAGAGUUUUGAGUCGGAGACCUUGCUUUCGGGGUAUGUGGAUGCCUCGUGGAACGUGUGUUCAGUGUCUGGUGCCAUUGUCCUUUGGCAUGGCAUGAUGAUCAAGUGCUUCUCAAGGAAGCAGUCAGUGACUGCCUUAAGCUCAGCUGAAGCAGAGCUGGCCGCGCUUACUGAAGCUGCCAAGGAAGCUGUGUACCUGUCCCUGCUGUUGGAAACGCUCCUUCAAGGCCUGCCUGCCGGUGACACGGGAUCGUAUCCCAUUUACCUGUCGUCUGACAGUGAAGCGGCAUUGUCUAUUUCGAAGAUGAAAGGCCUGCUGCGUCGAGUGCGGCAUUUGGAGCUGAGGCAUCGGUACUUGCAAGAGCUUGUUCAAAGUGAGAGACUGCGUCUCACAUUCAUCCAAGGAUGCCUGAAUCCGAGCGACGGACUCACAAAGAGUCCUGAAGAAGCUAUGCUCCAGCAUCUGCUGGAGGCUUGUGGACUUGAGCGGAUCUGUGAGGAAGACUUGCAGACACUGUGUGUCCCUGAACCACUUCGAGAGAGAGUGGAGGAACUUGAGAACCUCCACGAGAAGCUUGAAGAGCUUCCGGAGAACUUACUGAAGUAUCGUCCAGUAGCCGUUGAUUUGGCUAUGGGGGUUGUUCCUUUGCUGGUGGUUGAGCUGUUCUGUGCCCGUGAUAGUGCGUUGUGUGCAGCGUGCAAGCGUGAGAGCGUUGCUUACAUUGGCAUCACUCAGGAAGAAGACUUCUUGAGUAAGAACACACAGUUGUUUUUAGGAGAAGUUCUGCUCUGUCUGUUGAAACGAAAUCCGCCCAAGAUCUAUAUCCAUGUAGCGUCGCCGUGUACUGCAGGUUGUAGUUUUCGGUUUAAGAACUGGCACAAACCGAAGUUUCGCCAUCGCUGGCGUGAGCAGAUGAAGAAGCAUGUUGCUUCGUGGAAAACGCUAGGAAAGCUGUUGCAGAACCACUGCCAGGACGUCCUGCUGACUCAGGAGUGGCCAAAGACCUGUGGACUUUGGAAGGAAGAAACGUACCAAAGAGUGAAGAAGUCCCUUGGCCUAUCCUUUGGACGAGAAGUAGACCGAUGUGCUUUUGAUUUGGUCUAUAAGAGAUGGUGGUUUGCCUGCAACUGUUCGGAGUGGUGUGAAAUCUUCUCCGGGAAAUCUUGUGACAAGAAUCAUGUGCAUGUUGCUCCUGAAAGUCUUGAGGCAACCGGUUACUACCCCACCAAGCUAGGUAGGGCUCUUUUGCGUGCUGCUAAGCGAGUCUUGAAAGUAGCCGUAGAAGGGACUGCCGUGCGGACGUGUGCCGAGGAUGACGAACAGAGCACUUAG